AAUCAUCAAUCACAAAUCUCACCAUUAGAAAAACUCUUUAGAAAAGAAAAGCACCACUAACCCAUAAGUAAAUAAAUAAUAAAUAAUAAAAAAGAAAUGCAGAAAUCAAACAGAAAUUGUCAACCAUUCUCUUCUGAGGCUUUUCUUUAACAUUGUUUCUGCUAAAUUUCUUCCACACAAAAUUCAUAUUAUCAAAGUUAAUGCUUCUCUCCCUUCUUUUUCUGAUCGUCUCCUUUCCCUUUAGACCAUUCGCAUGCAAGCUUUGAUUUUCUAAUCCAUCUAGAAAAUCGCUCCUCUCUUCUCUGUCUCUCUGUCCAAAAUCCAGCAUGGUUCUGAUUUUCUUGUAAAAAUAAUGAUUUAUUAGGGUUUUUGAUCUGGGUUUGGUUCACUAUGAAGGGUUGUUCAAUUCAUAGUCGAAAGAUUGCUGCUUUACUCGGAGUAUCAACUGGUAUUAUAUGGGUUUGUUUAGUUUCUUCUGUAAUUGGUGAAGACGAUGUGAAGUGCGUGCAAGGUGUUAAGACUUCGCUUAGCGACCCCCAAGGGAAGCUCAGCUCCUGGAACUUCGCCAACUCAUCAUCUGGAUUCCUCUGCAACUUUGUCGGUGUUUCUUGUUGGAAUGAUCAAGAAAACAGGAUUAUCAGCCUCCAAUUACGCGACAUGAAGCUGUCUGGACAAUUCCCUGAGUCCUUAAAGAAUUGUAAGAGCCUGCAAACUUUGGAUCUUUCAUCUAAUUCUCUAUCUGGUCCGAUUCCUACUCAGAUAUGUACCUGGCUGCCUUAUUUAGUUACUCUUGAUCUAUCCAAUAAUGAAAUUUCAGGGCCGAUACCUCCUGAUCUUGUGAACUGUGCUUAUUUGAAUAAUUUGAUACUUUCAAAUAAUCGUCUUUCUGGCCCAAUACCUUAUGUGUUCUCUAGUUUGGCUAGGCUAAAGAAGUUUUCUGUGGCAAAUAAUGAUCUUACUGGUACAAUUCCAUCCUUCUUUAGUAAUUUUGAUUCUGGGGAUUUUUCUGGGAAUGAUGGACUUUGUGGGAAGCCUUUAGGAUCCAAGUGUGGUGGCUUAAGCAAGAAGAAUCUUGCUAUUAUAAUUGCUGCUGGGAUCUUUGGUGCUGCAGCAUCUUUGUUGUUGGGAUUUGGGGUGUGGUGGUGGUAUCAUUUGAAGUAUUCUAGGAGGAGAAAGACAGGUUAUGGCAUUGGGAGAGGUGAUGAUACUAGUUUGGCUGACAGGUUGAGGGCUUAUAAGCUUGUUCAGGUUUCAUUGUUUCAAAAGCCUCUUGUUAAGGUUAAAUUGGCUGAUUUAAUGGUAGCUACUAACAAUUUUAGUCCUCGGAAUAUCAUAAUUUCGACCGGUACAGGGACUACCUAUAAGGCAGUUCUUCCUGAUGGUUCUGCACUUGCAAUCAAGCGUCUUAAUACUUGUAAGCUUGGUGAGAAGCAAUUUCGCUUGGAGAUGAAUCGAUUGGGACAGCUUAGACAUCCAAAUUUGACACCCCUUUUGGGUUUUUGUAUUGUGGAGGACGAGAAACUUUUAGUUUACAAGCAAAUGUCUAAUGGGACUUUGUAUGCUUUGCUUCAUGGAAAUGGUACCCUAUUGGACUGGGCAACAAGAUUCAGAAUUGGUUUGGGUGCUGCUAGGGGUCUAGCUUGGCUUCAUCAUGGGUGCCAGCCUCCAUUCUUGCACCAGAACAUAUGCUCCAACAUGAUUCUUGUUGAUGAAGAUUUUGAUGCUAGGAUCAUGGAUUUUGGACUGGCAAGGCUCAUGAAUUCCUCAGAUUCUAAUGAGAGCAGUUAUGUUAAUGGGGAUUUAGGUGAAUUCGGUUAUGUGGCACCAGAGUACUCAAGCACUAUGGUUGCUUCAUUGAAAGGGGAUGUGUAUGGAUUUGGAGUGGUGCUUCUAGAGCUUGUGACGGGGCAAAAGCCUCUUGAUGUUAGUACUGCUGAAGAAGGAUUCAAGGGUAACUUGGUGGAUUGGGUGAAUAACCUUGUAAGUUCUGGUAGAAUGAAGGAUGCAAUUGAUAAGACUCUUUGUGGGAAGGGACAUGAUGAGGAGAUCUUGCAAUUCCUGAAAAUUGCUUUGAAUUGUGUGGUUGCUCGGCCCAAGGACAGAUGGUCCAUGUACCGAGUUUACCAAUCAUUAAAGGCGUGUGGCGAUGACCUUGGUUUCUCAGAGCAAGAUGAUGAAUUUCCUUUGAUUUUUGCCAAGCAAGACGAUGAAUGAACAAGUCUAACUUUGGAAUUAAGAUGGGAGAAGUCUGAGAAAACAGUGAACACUUUUUUCAUAUUGAAUAUGCACAUUUUCUGGUCAGUUCUCAAAUGCCUUGGACGUAAAUGGUGUGAUCUCCACUUAGCUUCCUUUUCCCAUUUGUUAUAUAUAUAACUGUAUGAUAAAAUAAAACAUUUCCUUAGCUCAUGUCAUGAAUUUCAAGAAAUAUCCAUUGCUUUGCCUUUUUGUUCUAUGACAAGCAACCCUUGUAGCUACCUGAAAUUUGUAAUAUGCUGUGUCUGCAGACUUAGGAAUUUGGUGUGAAGGAUAAUGGUUGAAGCUUGUAAUACAAUGAAUCAUCAUUGUUACUAGAGGGAUCAUUAAUCUGGUCAUUUAGUGACAUGAAGUUAUUAUCUUUGUUGACAUUCCCAUAAUGACAAAUAUUUAGAGCCUUAAUGGUGGAUAUAUGCCCAUCUGUAAUAGAACGCAAUGGAGCUAUUUUUCACAGUUUGCAUUCCCUA